CUCAAUCUGUGCCACUCCCUGCGUGAGCCUCUCUCCUGCACUGCCAAAGGAAGCAAUCACCAAAAUGAAGACUGCUCUCAUUUUACUCAGCAUUUUGGGAAUGGCCUGUGCUUUCUCAAUGAAAAAUUUGCAUCGAAGGGUCAAACCAGAGGAUUCUGAAGAAAAUGGGGUGUUCAAGUACAGGCCCCGAUACUAUCUUUACAAGCAUGCCUACUUUUAUCCCCCUCUGAAACGAUUUCCAGUUCAGGGCAGUAGUGACUCAUCUGAAGAAAAUGGAGAUGGUGAUAGUUCAGAAGAGGAGGAGGAAGAAGAGGAAACUUCAAAUGAAGAAGAAAAUGAUGAAAAUUCUAAUGAAGACGAAGAAUCUGAGGCUGACAAUACCACACUGUUUGCUACAACACCUGACUAUGGAGAGGUCACACCUGGAACAGGGUUGGCUGCAAUCCAGCUUCCCAGGAAGGCCGGGGAUAUGCGAAAGCAGGCUACAAAGAAAAAGGAAAGUGAUGAGGAAGAAGAGGAGGAGGAGGAGGAAGAAAAUGAAGAAAAUGAAGCAGAAGUGGAUGAAAACGAGCAAGGCGUGAACGGCACCAGCACCAACAGCACAGAGACGGAAAACGGGACCGGCAGCAGCGGUGGCGACGCCGGGGAGGGAGGGGAAGACGACAGUGUCACUGGGGAGACCACCUCUCCAAACGGGGGGUUUCCACCCACAACCGCGCCUCCGGAGGUCUACGGGACCCCCUCCACACCGUUUGGGAAAACCACCACCGUUGACUACGAGGGGGAGUACGAGCAAACGGGUACCAACGAAUACGACGGUGGCUACCAAGUCUAUGACAGUGAGAAUGGGGAGCCUCGGGGGGACACUUACCGCGCCUACGAGGAUGAGUACAGCUACUACAAAGGCCAAGGCUACGAUGGCUACGAAGGUUACUACUACCACCAGUGAGCGCCGCAUCUGGAUACUGUUUCAAAGUUCAACUCAGGAAGGUGCAAUGGAGCCGCUGUGCGCGGGCCUCACACGUGGAACGCACUGCUGUUCCACAGCGAUCGUCUGUAAUUGCUUCUGUCAGUCGUGGGCUUCUUGUGGCUUUUCCCUGGUACGUUAUGGAAAGGUCUUUGUCCAUCAGGGCCAUCUAUCAAGUGGUCCAUCAAUCCGUGAGAUAGAAUUCCACGGACUAUUUUGAGGUUGAGCUCUAUAAACAGUAUUUUUAACAUUUGCACUAUUGCUAACUGUAGAAACCUACUCUGUGUACAAGAAGUGCUUCUAAAAAGAAAUGCGUUGACGUGAAUGACACUGUAUGCAAUAGAGGUGUAGUUUCUUCAUCGCACUACCCAUUCAACACUGUAUAUUCGAUUUGAUUAGCAUCUUUGUGUAUUUUUAUGUGAGCUGUAUGUAUACUCUUAUCUAUGAGUUUCAUCACAAAUAAAAAAUGCAAUCCUU